UAUUGGACUGUUCUGGACAUGCAAAAGUAGAGGGUACUUGCUGCUUGAUGACAGGGUGUGGAUGUUUGCCCAGGCUAAUCCAGCUGGCUCAGGGGCUGAUAACUAUGUAGUAACUCUGUCCUUAACAUCGUGUUUGACAAUCCAUCACAGCCCCCACACGCUUAAAGACAGAGGUCUCUGAGAUUAUAUGAGAUUUGAAUAGUUUUGUUCUCAUGAGCAUGAGUGUGUGUUGUUGUCACGUGACCGCAGUGUUGUUUUCUGUUGAAUUUCUCCACAGGCCUGUUAGGUGCUCUGUGGGAUGGAGUGGUUGCCUUUGGCGGGGUGAGACUUGUGAAUGGAGAUAACAAGUGCUCGGGCCGAGUGGAAGUCCUCCGCCACGAGGAAUGGGGCACGGUGUGCGACCAUGGCUGGGACUACUACGAGGCCGACGUGGUGUGCCUGGAGCUGGGCUGCGGCCUGGCCGAGACGGCCUCCCGCGGGGCCGAAUUCGGUCAGGGGAGCGGGAAGAUCGUCCUGCACCACGUCCAGUGCUUGGGGCACGAGCCCAGUUUGACGCGCUGCGCGGUGGUCCUGCACAGUAACUCCUACUGCACCCAUAAGAACGACGCCGGGGUGAAAUGCUUAGGCACCCUGCUGAUGCCCAGCCUCUCCCUGCUGUCGCCUCACACCGUCUUCACUCCCGGGGAGUCGGUCCGCUUCCGCUGCAGCGUCCUGCUGCGCCACCACCUGUGCGAUUUCCACCUGUACAAGCAGGGGGUGGCCACGCCCCUGGUCACGCAGCGGGCCGACCAGGCCCAGAUCGGCGUGGACCUCACCCUGUCCGACAUCGAGACCUUCCACCAGGGCGGCUACAGCUGCCAGUACAGCAUGCGGGGCGGCUUCCCCGCCCAGCUGCUCAGCUCGCCGUCCAGCAACUCCAUCAACAUCACAGUGGUGGAGCUGAUGACGCCCCAGCACUGGUACAACACGUCCUCCGAGGCCCCGGCUGGCUCCGUCCUCAAGGGCCAGAGCUUCAACAUCACCUGCUUCACCCCCAAGCAGUACCCCGGCGGCUCCUUCCAGCUGCGGCUGAUUCGGUUCAACGGCACGGUGCGCCAGUCGCUGCCCGCCCUCUCCCAGUCGGUCACCUUCACCUUCCCCAACGCCCAGAGCUCCAGUGAGGGAUACUACUCCUGCCUGUACCGGGUCCAGCUGGGCGGACGCACCUUUGUCUCCAGGGAAAGCCAGCCUCUACCUAUAGCCAUCAGAGAUCCCGACCCGGUACUGAGUCCCAUAGUGAUCAGCUGGCUCGUGUCCUGCGUGACGUUUGUCGUCGCUGUCAUCACCAUAAUUAUCGUGGCCAAAGUGCUGUGCAACAAGGAGAAGAAGCCUUCCGAACUGGAGCGAGAGACCAGAACCUGUGAGUUUCCCCCUUUGUCUCAUCACAAGCCUGAAAUCGUGUGGACAAUACUUACGUUGCCUUAUCCAUUAACAAGCUAUGAUGGGACGUCCAGGCAACGGGUGCCGAAAAGGAAGCAGGACCACGAGCGUGUGGACGGUCAAGGGGGCUCCAGCUGCGUCUGUCCUGCAUCCAGUUGA